AUGGGGAAUAAACAGACCAUCUUUACUGCACAGCAGCUAGAUGCCUAUCAGGACUGUACAUAUUUUACAAGAAAAGAAAUUCUCAGACUGUUCGACCGCUAUCGGGAUUUGGCACCGCAACUCGUUCCCCUUGACUACACCAGCAACCCAGAUGUGAAGUUACCAUAUGAGCUGAUUGGCAGCAUGCCAGAGCUGAAGGACAACCCAUUUCGCCAGAGGAUUGCUGAGGUUUUCUCUGAGGACGGGGAGGGAAACAUGACACUGGAUGACUUCUUGGACAUGUUUUCAGUCAUGAGUGAGAUGGCUCCUCGUGACCUCAAGGCAUACUACGCUUUCAAAAUUUAUGAUUUCAACAAUGAUGACUUCAUCUGCAAGUCAGACCUGGAGAAGACAGUGAACAAACUGACCCGUAAUGAGCUGACAGAAGACGAGGUGAGGAUGGUUUGUGAAAAGGUCAUAGAUGAGGCUGACCUGGACAAUGACGGACGUCUGUCACUGGAGGACUUCCAGCACAUGAUAGUUCGAGCUCCAGACUUUCUCAGCACCUUCCACAUAAGGAUAUAAAGAAAUGAAGCUAUGUGGUGCACUUACAACACUGCGGAACGUCUGGACAUCUCAACCAAAAACUACAAAUCGUCUUGUAAAUGCCUAGAGUUUUGUUUUAUUUUGUAAAAAAAAAAAAACUGGAAAAAAGAUAACUAAAAGCAUUCUGAUCUUCAUCAGAGCUCAUUAGAUUUUAACAUUUAUCAUCCAGAGUAACUACAAAUUAUCUUGUAUUUAAUAGGAGCAUGACUGUCUUGCACUGACCAUCUUAAGAUUUGUUAGACUUACAUUCUAAGUCCACAUCAAAUUUGUAUUAGUGCAAAUGCAGAAAUAACACUAGUCACUGUGUGACAGCAGGUCUGUCGUCAGGUGGUGGCAUCAAACAACCCAUAAAGACAAGGCUCAUUAGUUUUGACCAUCAACAGUAGAUUUGUGUUUUGUAUAUGAAGGGGUUCAGUUUUACCAGACUAUAAAAGAAACCCAUGCCAGAAU